AUGGUGCGAAUUACAUGCACAAUCUCUGUUACAACAGGAGAUGAGCCUGCUGGAGGGUCCUACACGAGCAGCUUUGAUGACCACUACAAACGGGUAGUGCGGAGUUGUGACAGCGAGUCAGGGCAUUACAAGGAAGAAUGUGAUGAGAUGGAAGUUUAUGAGGAGAAGGAAGAAAAAGAGCCACCCAGCAUUGACUUGGCAACCUUUUGUGGUAGUUGUUCUCUUCAUGGUGCUAACCACAUCUUUGUGGAGAAUAAGAAGUUUGGGGUGAGGCAGGGUAUCUGGGCAGUGUCCUUCUUGUUGGCCCUCACUCUAUUCUUGUUGCAGGUGGCUGACCGAGUUAUCUAUUACAUGCAGUAUGACUAUGUUACCUUGCUGGAUGAGCGCAGUGCACCCAACAUGAUCUUCCCAGCCAUCACUAUGUGCAACUACAACACUUUCCGUCGUUCCCAAAUUAGCUACAGUGACCUGCUCUUUAUGGGACCACUCAUAGGGUAUGAAGACAACAUGGCACCUGGAUUCCAGCUUGCCCCUGAGCCUGAUCGCCAAGGUGCCCGAUUCAGCUUGGCCGAGUUCUAUAACCGGACACGGUAUCGUAUGGACGAUAUGCUUCUGGAUUGCAAAUUUGCUGGAAAGGAUUGUGGUCCUGAGCACUGGAGAGAGAUCUUCACUCGAUAUGGAAAAUGCUACACAUUCAACUCUGGCCAGGAUGGACAGCCACUCCGCAUCUCCAUGAAAGGGGGUAUGGGCAAUGGCCUGGAACUAAUGCUGGACAUUCAACAGGAUGAGUACCUGCCAGUGUGGGGAGAAACAGAUGAGACGUCUUUUGAAGCCGGCAUCAAAGUGCAGAUCCACAGUCAGGAUGAGCCGCCUUUCAUUGAUCAGCUGGGAUUCGGAGUGGCGCCAGGCUUUCAGACGUUUGUUUCCUGCCAGGAGCAGAGGUUGACCUACCUGCCCCCUCCAUGGGGUGACUGCAGGGCUGAGCCCAUGGACUCAGACUUCUUUACCACCUACAGCAUCACAGCAUGCCGCAUCGACUGUGAGACACGCUACCUGGUAGAGAACUGUAACUGUCGCAUGGUGCACAUGCCUGGAGAUGCUCCGUACUGCACGCCAGAACAAUAUAAAGAGUGUGCGGAUCCAGCAUUGGAUUUUCUGGUGGAAAGAGAUAAUGAUUACUGUGUGUGUGAGACACCCUGCAACAUGACGCGCUACGGCAAAGAGUUGUCCUUCGUCAAGAUCCCCAGUAAGGCCUCAGCAAAAUACUUGGCCAAGAAGUUCAACAAGACAGAGCAGUACAUUGCGGAUAACAUCUUGGUUCUGGAUAUCUUCUUCGAGACUUUGAAUUAUGAGACUAUUGAGCAGAAAAAGGCCUAUGAGCUGCCGGGAUUACUGGGUGAUAUUGGUGGUCAGAUGGGUCUUUUUAUUGGAGCCAGUAUUCUGACUAUUUUAGAGCUCUUUGACUAUCUUUACGAGGUGAUCAAGUACAAGCUGUGCCGUUGCAGGAAGAAGAACCACAAACGCAGCAACAACAAUGACCGAGGAGCCGUGCUGAGCCUGGACAACGUGCAGUGCCACCCUCCGUGUGAAAACCUUCGCACUCCCUCUACAUAUCCUGCCAACAUCCUACCUCACCAUCCGGGGCAGGGCAACUUCGAGGACUUCACCUGCUGAGUGAAUGAAAGAGGAGCUGGUAGAGUCGGACUCCAGCUCACAGUGUACAACCAAAGCUGUCUGACUACAUUGUCAUGAGCACCCACCCAUCCCGGACAACAGAGAAUCGAUUUUGGCUGGAUAUUUUAACGUCAUUGCGUCAUGUAAAAAUAAAACAAACAUUAAACAUUGAAAUCACGAAAAUACACUAGUACUGUUCCACAGCACAACCAUGUGUGUACUUUAAAAGGAUUUUGGAACACUGCCUCAAAAGGGAACUCCUUGUCGAAGCCUUUGAGACGUAGAACAUCACAGCUCAAAUGAACAGGCUUCCUGUGGGCCUGUGAGUCCUCUGCCUUUUCUGUAUAUAACAGCGGCUAUACACCGUCUUAACUGAGUGGCUUAAUUAGAUUGUUAGAUGUAAUAUAGUGCUUAAUCCAUGUAGCAGCAUUUGUGGUGACUGAUGGACUGCAAUGAUGUUCCACUCAUGAUCAGUGUCUCAUUUAAGAACAUAUUUUUCCAACUGACAGGAAAUGAUCAACUAUUCAUGGUAAAGAAAGCUGCGUUCAGCUUUCUGUUGUUCCAUCCAGCUCUCAUUUCGUGACUGCAUGCUCGUAUUCGUCUUCCUGUGCAUGUUUUCAGUUUUUUUCAGUAACCAUUCUUAUUAUUGCCAAGUUUGCCUCAGUUAUAUACAGGUGUGUGUGUGUGUGUGUGUGUGUGUGUGUGUGUGUGUGUGUGUGUGUGUGUGUGUUGUUUGGCUGCCUUAACCCUACAAUUGUGUGUAUGUUUGAUUGGCUUUAUCAUGCGUGUACUUUGCCUGAGGUGUGUGUGUGUGUGUGUGUGUGUGUGUGUGUGUGUGUGAGGUUUGCUGAAUAUAUGAAUUAUUCUCUCUGUUUCAAUUCCGUGAGAUUAUUCUUAUUGUUGUUACUUUUCAGAACUGUCACUGUUUUAAGCAUCAUAUCGAAGCACAAGACCACCAUUAUGUAAAAGCCAAUGAAAAAGAAAGACAGGAUCAUAUUCUUUCAGAAACUAUGAUCAUUAUGAUAAUCAGAAUUGUUGCAACUCUAUU